AUGUCGCUUCCUAGAGUCUCGAGGACACUGCCUCCACAUUUGGAUCCUACUAAGUCCGAGCUGGCGUUCGAAGAGCGCAUGUUUCCAAAGCUAAAUGCAGAGAUUCAAUUUGACAGAGACCAAGAAACGAGAGAACGAGCUUUGAAAAGUCUCUGCGAUUUAUCCCACAAUCAAGUGAAAGCCUAUCAAAUUUGCUCGCUUGGGCUUAUGGACUCAAUCGGAAAAAUCUUAGACGACCCUAACGAUCUCUGCCGAGAACUAGCAACAGAAAUUUUCGCCGUCAUGUGCACGCACAACAUUGGACGAGAUGCAGCUCUUAAAUUUAUUCCUAAAUUGUCAGAACUUUUUUCAGAGAAAAACGAGAACACGCGCAAAAACGUACAUAAAGCUCUUUACUACUCGUCCGAGCUUAUUCGAGGCGUUACUCAGAUGAUUGAGAAAAAACUUAUUCCUGUGUUUAUCAAUCUUCUUAAAACAGAGAUCGAUGAUGUUCGUUGCUGGAUCAUUCAGACUUUUCAUAAUUGUUUACGAUUUGCUUCGGACGAAGCGCUCCAAAAUCAAGGUUUCGAAACGCUCAAAGAACUCCUCGAAGUAGAUAAUGAAAUUAUUGUGGAAUACACACUCAGAUCACUGGCUGAAAUUACGUUCAACUCUGCCGGAAAGGCGCGUGCAAACUCUGACGAGAAACUUGCUGACUUUCUCAUUACUAUCAUCAAGAAUAAAAAACGGGGUGUCGAAGUUCGCUCUGCUGCGUGUGCUGCUUUGGGCUCAGUGUCUAUUACUUCACAUGGAAAGAUCAAAUCUGUCGAUUGCAAAGCACUUCCACCACUUUGCGACCUGCUCCAAGAAGAUAACAGCGAGGCCAAACUCAUGUCGUUGACGUGCAUCUCGAUCCUCUCAGAGGUGCCAGACGGACGAGCCUAUAUGCUCGAAAGAGCUGACCUCAUCCGUCCCUACAUUAUGUCCAAGGACGACCUCGUCGCUACAGCCGCAAAAGAAUGCAUGAGAGUUAUUCAAUGGAAACCGUAA